GCCAAGAGCCACAAGGGGCUUGCAAGCCCUGCAUCGCCCACAAGGACGGAAGACGAGCCGCACCCUACAACAGUGACAGGCUCGGACACUGGACGUACCAGAGUCGGUGGAGCAAAGAUGCCGGCUCUCACCCAGACCUGGGGCUGGGGAGGUACCAGACCCUGGAACAAAGCCAUAUCUGGCCGAUCAGCUAAGAAGCACUCACCCAGAGACACUGGUCACCGACACCUGAAUACGAACUGCACUCACCUUGUAAUCGAUAAUUUGUGUACCU